UUAAUAAAACUUAGUGUAAAUAUAAUAAUAUAUAUAAUAAAAUAAAGUGUUAGUUCUCUCUUUAAAAGGAAACAGCUAUAUGCAACUCCAGUACUCUAAGACUGAUAUAGAAAAUAUAUACAAUUAUGUUCUUAUAAACACGAUUGUAGAUUUUGUUGAGUAACAUUAACUAUAUGCAUAGUUUUGAGAAAUAUAUUUAAGAAUACAUUAAAAAUUUGUCUAUAUAAAAUGGGUCGGCUUAAUUAUUCUUUUUGGUGGGGUAUAUUGUUUGCCUCUUUGACAUGGAGUAUUUCAUUAUAUUUGUAUUGGUUGUUAAAUAUGAGUGGUGACAAUAAUAUAAAUAGUACAGAAAACAGAGUUCAGUACCAUCUAAUUAAUAGAGAAGAAAAGGAUCGUGUAAAAAACAAUGACAAAUCUAUUGCUGCACUGGAGGGCAAAAAUCUUUUAUUUGACGGUCCUAGCCCGGGUAAUGAUAAAUAUAUUGGCAAAAUGUGGAAGUAUUCAAGAGAUAGGCCUGAUUAUAUUAGAAAGAUGAGGCUUAGGGAGAAAUUUACAAAAGAACUUGAUAAAGUUGCACAACCAGAUAAAAGUUUGGAUUUCGAAUUCGGCCUCAUACACAAUGCUGACGAUGUAAGAAUUAGGGAAAAAGGAUAUAAUAUGCAUGCUUUCAACACAUUGAUCUCUCAAAGAAUUGGUAAUCACCGAGGAUUGCCUGACACAAGAAAUAAGUUAUGUCGGUCACAAAAGUACCCCGAUAAGUUACCUAAGGCAUCCAUUAUAAUUUGUUUCUACAAUGAACAUUUCGAAACUCUCAUGAGAUCAGUUCACUCCAUACUAGAUCGUACUGAUCUGAAAUAUCUGAAAGAGAUAAUUCUGGUUGAUGAUUAUAGUGACAUAACUGAUUUACAUGAAGAGGUACAAAAAGCUGUUAAUGAGCUAAACGGAAAAGUAAGAAAAGAAGAAGAAAUGCUCGAAACAAACAAUAUAGAUGUUGAUAACAUUGUGGAUUAUAUAAAUGACGACAAUAAUUUCCUAGAUGGGCUCAGUAAAGACACUGAUUCCAAUAAAUCAAGGAAUGGAUUGAAUAUAAGACUGCUAAGGACAUCUACCAGGGAAGGGCUCAUUAGGGCUAGAUUGUACGGUGCGGAUAAUAGUGUUGGAGAUGUGCUUGUGUUCCUGGAUUCUCAUAUAGAAGUUAAUGUUGAUUGGUUACCACCUCUUCUCACAAGAUUAUCGGAAGGUGUUGAUGGCGUCAAUGUGAGAUUUUCUCCUCGAGCUGUCACUCCUAUCAUAGAUGUUAUCAAUGCUGAUACUUUUGAGUAUACCUCAAGCCCUUUGGUUAGGGGCGGAUUUAACUGGGGAUUACACUUCAAAUGGGAUAAUCUGCCUAAAGGGACUCUGAAAGAUGAUGAAGACUUCAUAAAACCCAUACGAUCUCCAACUAUGGCUGGCGGGCUGUUUGCUAUUUACAGAGAAUAUUUUAAUAAAAUUGGCAAAUAUGAUUCGGGCAUGAACCUGUGGGGAGGUGAAAACUUGGAAAUAUCUUUCAGGAUUUGGAUGUGCGGUGGAGUGUUGGAGCUAUGUCCCUGUAGUCGAGUGGGCCAUGUAUUUCGUAAGAGACGACCUUACGGCGCCGGCGAGGAUUAUAUGCUGAGGAACUCUAUGAGAAUGGCUCGAGUAUGGAUGGAUGAAUAUGUUAACAAAGUCAUAGAGCAGAAUCCGUCAGCGGCCCACGUAUCCAUCGGUGAUAUAUCGGAGAGGGUUGAGUUGAGGAAGAGUUUAAAAUGCAAAUCAUUUAAAUGGUACUUGGAGAAUGUUUAUCCUGAAUUGGAGACGGGCGAAGAUACGGCAGCGAGGAAGAGAAUAGCGGCUCUGAACGACCCUGAGAAGAACAAGUUUCAGCCAUGGCAUUCUAGGAAAAGAAAUUACACCGAUUCCUAUCAGAUACGUUUGAGGAAUACUUCAUUGUGUAUACAAAGCGCUAAAGACAUCAAAAGCAAAGGCAGUCCGCUGUUACUUGCUGGUUGUACGAGAACCAUAAAUCAGAUGUGGUUUGAGACUGAUCGUGGCGAGCUUGUCCUUGGUCGUACUUUAUGCCUAGACGCUAACACCUCUCCCAUCAUAGCCAAGUGUCAUGAACUGGGCGGCACACAGGAGUGGAAGCAUAAGGGAACUGCUAAUAGUCCCAUCUACAAUAUUGCUAUGGGUAUGUGUCUGGGAGUUGAACGCGCGUACCGCAGCGAACCGAUCAUGAUGGCCAUAUGCGACAACCAACCAACAAAUCAAUGGGAUUUUGUGAGAACUUAGACAUUUCCAUGUUCUCAUUACGUCUUAAGAAUUAUUAUUUUUUUGUCUUAAUAUUAUUAAAUUUUUAUAAUAUUUUAUUUUUAUGUUACAUUUUUUUCGUAGUUUUUUAUGCGGUGGUAUUGAUAUAGUAUAUAUUUUUUGUCUUCUUUCAUAUACAAUGUGUCGUAAGAUAUUGAAAUACUUAAUAAUUAGUAUAAGUCUAUGAGAUAAGGGAUAUGGGAUUUUCGUGUAUUUAAAAUUAAGCAUGCGAUGUUUUUUUUAAUAUGUUUUUAUUAAAAUAUUUUUAGCUAACAGCUUUAAUUUUAUAAUUGUGAAUAUGUACACUGUACAUAUUUUUAGAUUAAAUACAUAAUUUUAAGAUCUGUUUCAUCGAAAUCUCCUUUAAAUUAGAUGAAAUUUAGCGUAUUUAUAACGGCCGUCCCUAUAUAUAUAUGUUGUACCUUUUCUACCUCUCUUCGUGUAUGUAUUUCGACUUAGUUUUUAUUUGGAUAUUAUAAUUUUAAGUAUAACAUUUUUAAUCUAACUUUUCGUUUGUCACGUCAGAUUUGUAUCGGGGAGCUUCUAGAAUAACAGUUGUGCCAUACAUACAAACAUGUUCAUAGCCCAUUACGUAAGAAGUUGUUUAAAAUUUACCGCUCAGUAUAUACUCUGAGUGUCAUCUUAACACACUCCAUAUAAUGAGUCCUCCGUCUACGUUUGUCCUUAACGAUUCGUUUUUUUAACAUCGAGGUUUUACAUUACGCAUAUAAACAUUGUAAGAAUAAUUCGACAAUAUUUAUUUUAUAUUAAAAAAUUAUAUUGUGUAGGUUGUAAGAGAAUUUAGAAUUUCUAUGCAUAUACAUAUUUUGCUAUACAGCUGUAGCCAGUGUUGUUAGUUCCGUUCCGUGUGAAAAUAUAUUUUUUAUAUUUUUUUAAUCCUCCAAUGAAUUAUUUUAAGACUAUUUUAUUAUUUCAUAUUUAUUAACCAGUUGAACAUAAUAUUGGACGUACAAUAUUAGUUUUUAUAAAAUCAUAAUAAAUAAAUUCAUUUACAUAUUUUUAUUUGGUUAUAUUAUUAUUGAUGUUAAUAUAAAUAAAAGAUUUUUUUGUUUAAUAAUUGUACUUCAAGGAAUGAAUCUCGUAAUGAAACUAUUUUUUUUCAUUUUAUAUUAUUAAAAUCCUGCCCAUAACAUGAGCAUUGAGCAUGACUUAAAAUAACACUACCAAUAUUACCAGUUAUUCAAUAAAAAAAUAUUUUUUAGUCUAUUUUUGCAAUUCAAUGAUUUUAGAAUGUAUUUCUAUUAUUUUUGCUACUAUUGAUUUUUUAAUAAUAAAUAAAAAAGAGUACUUACAUCGUUUUUUAAUACAUCGCUGGUUAACAACAAGGGUAUGAAUCUUAAAUAUUUCAACAGAAGAAUCAAACAAUAUAAUGUAUGAACACUGCUUAUGAUACUAUUAUUUAAUUUAAUUUUUUUUAAUAUUUUUUUAUAAAGUUUUUUCUUGUUGGUAGCUUGAUGUUGUGAAAAUAUUGUAUGUUGUGAUAUUGAUAUUAGCUCUUUAAUAAAGAAGUUUCAUUUGGUA